UUAGGUGUCCGUGGCAACCGUCCUGCCUUGCUGCUGCUGCGCUGGGAGAGAACCAAGAAGCGUGCAACCCCAUCCUCUGCGCCCGCUUCUGAGGUUCAUGGCUGGGCGCACGCUGAGCUAACACCGCCCCCCCCCCCGUGCCGUUUUGCCCGAUGUUUGGAAGCUGGCACCAUGAACGACAGGUUCCACAGAGCGGCCCGCGACGGCUACCUGGACCUGCUGAAAGAGGCCACCAGGAAAGAACUGAACGCACCGGACGAGGAUGGGAUGACCCCCACUCUGUGGGUCGCCUAUCACGGCAACCUGGAGGCGCUGCGGCUCAUAGUGGCCAGGGGGGGCGACCUAGACAAGUGUGAUAUCUGGGGGAACACUCCUUUGCACCUGGCUGCCGCGAACGGGCACCUAAACUGUCUUUCCUUCUUGGUGUCGUUUGGGGCCAACGUCUGGUGCCUGGACAACGAUUACCACACGCCCCUGGACAUGGCAGCCAUGAAGAACCACAUGGAGUGCGUGCGCUACCUGGACUCCAUCGCUGCCAAACAGACAGGGCUCAACCCCAAGCUGGUGAGCAAGCUGAAGGACCGGGCAUUCCGCGAUGCUGAGAGGCGCAUCAAGGACUGUGUGAAGCUCCAGAGGAAACACCACCAGCGCAUGGAGAAGAAGUACCACAAGGAGGCUUCAGAUGCUUCGGAUGCCAUGAGUUUCUCCAGCUACUCCAGCAGCACCCUGAGCCGCAACCUCCACCACCUCAACAUGGUGAGCUCUUCCUCCAUGCCAUACUCCCAGGCCACCCUCCACGCCACUGCCAAGGGCAAGACCAAGAUCCAGAAGAAGCUGGAUAAGAAGAAGCAGGUGGACGGGACCUUCAAGAUCUAUGAGGACGGCCGCAAGAGCGUGCGCUCGCUGUCUGGCCUGCAGCUGGGGAAUGACGUCAUGUUUGUCAAGCAGGGGACCUACGCCAGCCCCAAGGACAGGAUGCGCCGCAACAUCAGGGACAUGUUCCCCAACGAUGAGGACGCUGUCUCGCGUGCCAUAAGUGACCCCGGGAUGCACCUAGACUCUGCCUACUCAGAGGUCAGCACGGACUCUGGGCAUGACUCUCUGUUCAACCGGCCGGGGCUGGGCACCAUGGUGUUCCGGCGUAACUACGUCAGCGGAGGGUUGUUCGGUAUCGGCCAGGACAGUGCCAGCAUGGGAGACAGCGAGCUGGAGGCCAGGAUGGGGAAUGUACGCAUGCGUAGCCGUCUACAACGCUCGCCCAGCCUCAACGACAGCAUCGGGAGCGCCAACAGCCUGCAGGAACGCAACCUGGAGCAGCUGCCCUGGGACGAGAUGGAGCUGGGCCUCAACGAUGAUGAUGAGCCCGAAACCAGCCCCCUGGAGACCUUCCUGGCCACCCACAGCAUGUCAGAGUUCAUCCCCAUCUUCAAGAAGGAGAAGAUUGACCUCGAGGCACUCCUGCUGUGCUCAGACCAUGACCUCAAGAGCAUCAACAUCCCGUUAGGACCCCGCAAGAAGAUCCUGGAUGCCUGCAAGCGUAGAAGAACAACUAUGGAUGACCCCAAAAAGAUAGAAGACACCGAACUAUAACAACACAGACACUCGUCGGUGGGAGACAAAAAAGUUGCCAGACAAAAUAUCAGCAGAUUUGUUAUUUGGCUUUUUAUUAGAUUUUUUUUGCCAAGAACAGUCCUGCAAAUCUUUUAAGGGUCUUGCGAAGGUGCUGUGGAAGCUGGUGUAUCAGUCACGUGGGAUCACGCCUGUUUUAAAACAUCCCUGGGCAGAGGCUGAGCCUUCAAGCAAGCUGGAGCAGAGUGAGCAGAGUGCUGCCCUCCAGUGGCUGAGCUGUGACAUGACUAUGCAUGAAAGACCCACCCCAUUCCGUGCUGUUCAUAGAGAUCUUAGGAACUCAAGAUCUCAAGCUCAUUUGGGCAGUCGGACACGUGAGAAUGCAAUAAUGUGCAAGCACGUAUCACUAAUAUAACAGAGAGUAUAUGGAGGCAGUGAAGCCUUUUUGGAACUCAGGGUUGUUUGGAACAUUGUAUUGCCCCUGUGGGGUAAGUCUUUUAAAAUCCAUGUGCCUCAGUCCCGGUCAUCUGUAAAACUGGGCAUUUAUUUAUUUAUUUAUUUCCAAUUCUCUGUUAAAACUCAACCAAAUCGUGGAUCUAGACAGCACGUGGACAUAUUUAAAAGGGUAAACCCCUUUUACAGCAAGUGUUGAUUCUACAAUUAUGAAAUCAAAUAGAAAUGCUGUUGAUAUGUACCUUCUGCAUGUAUGUUUGUAUGUAUGUCUGUAUGCAUGUACAGUUGUGUAUGUACACUGUUGUAUUCUGAAUAUAAUUGUCCUUAAAUAUGUCUAAUUGAAAAGCUGUAUCACUAUAUAAGUGUAAAACUGUUGGGUAUAUCAAAAGAUCAAGGAUAUCAGACCAUGCUACUAAUAUUAUAAUUUACACCGUGUCAGGAGGGGAGAACCUUAGCUUCCCUGCCCCCUGUGAUUGCAGCCACCCCUCUUCCCCAUGUCAUCUAUUCCAGUCUUGUGUAUAUGUUGUAUGUAUACCUGUGUACGUUAUGUUAAUAUACAGUCUUCCAUGCGUGCACAUGCUUUUCAUGUGCACAUUGCUAAGUCACGAGAAAUCAGUUUUGUAGCAGACAUCACAAUGUAUUUUUUAGGGGGAAAACGUAAAACAAAUAAACAGAAUACACUGCUUGAAAUAACCAUAGUGCAUUAAAAGUUAAAUGUUUUAACAUUUCAGAAGAGUUCUUUCCAUUUGUUUUUAGAUUCAAAACAAUAAUUUACAAAAGGACUAGUUCCUAGUAAACAUGGUAUAUGUCAAUUAAGACCCCAUGAUCCUCAGGACAUGCAGGAAUCAGGUGUGGGUGAUUUGCAGUUGUGACAACCAGGCAUUUAAAGAGCUUUUCCGCCAGAAUGUGCUCUCAUGUAAAAGCUCUUGUGUGAGCAUGGCAUGUAAGAGACGGC